AUGGUACCUGGAGGACCAUUAAAGAAGGUUUUUAGUCGCUCACAAUGGCUUACCGUCAAAGGUGGCUCGGAGUCCUACGUGAACAAGGUAAGGGAAGAAAUGGAGAGCAAUGGUUGUCAAAUUAAGAUCGGCUGUGAAGUCAACUCUAUUUCAAGGUCCAGUGGAGGUAGAUUCGUUGUUCCAUAUAUCUAA